ACGAGCGGUAAGUGAGUGGUUUGGGCGGAAAUUAUUAUCACCUGUUUCUUGUUCUAGUAAUUGGCGUGGAGAGGGUAUAAAACGCCAGGAGAGACGGAAGCAAGUGAGAGAGAGUCGGACUGCUGACGGGAACCGAAACCGGAAACCGGAAAGGAAAACGGAAAUAGCGCGUGAACGUGCCAGAAUAAAAGUCACCGUCUAGUGCUAGACUUUUGAGUUGUUUUGUUAUUAAAUAAAGAUACGUCAGCAGUCCAGCCGACCCCUUGUCCUCUUCCUUGCCCACACGAACUCACUACACUGGUGCCGAAACCCGGGAAGGAAGAAGGACCGUCGCCGCCGCCAUGCAAAGCCCGUCCUCCACGCCGCUUGCGGACAUCAUUUCUUCCCUUGCGGUCCUCCACCGCGAGCAACACCAGGCGCUGCUGGACCUGAGGACCGAUCAGGAGCGACGGUUCCAGGCCAUCGUCCAGGCCCAGCAGGAGGACCGCGAGAGGUUCCGGGGCUGGAUUGAUCGGGAGGUUCGCGCCGAGGCCGCCGGGGCGCCCGCCGCCCCCGUGCACCUGCCACUGCACAAGAUGGGGGCCCAGGAUGAUCCGGAGGCCUUCCUAGAGCUCUUCGAGAAGGCGGCUGAGGCCUGCGGGUGGCCCCGCGAGCAGUGGCCGGUGCGCCUCAUUCCACUGCUCUCCGGCGAGGCCCAGGUGGCCGCCCAACAACUUCCGGUGGCGAAUCUCCUGGUCUUCAACGACCUGAAGAGGGCCAUCAUCCAGCGGGUCGGCCGAUCGCCAGAACAACACCGCCAGCGCUUCCGCUCCCUGGACUUGGGCGAGGCCGGCCGGCCCUUCGCGAUGGCCCAACAGCUCCGGGACUCCUGCCGCAAGUGGCUACUGGCCGAGGGGAGCGACGUGGAGCAUGUCGUCGACCUGGUGGUGCUGGAGCAGUUCAUCACUCGCCUCCCCAAGAAGACGGCCGAGUGGGUCCAGUGCCACCGCCCCGCGUCGCUGGACUCGGCCAUCCACCUGGCGGAGGACCACAUGGUGGCGUGCCCAGGGGUCGGCACACCCCCGCCUACUAACUCUCUCUCCCCUUCUCUCUCUCCCCCUUCUCUCUCUCGCCCUGUCCCUCUCCCUAGGACCCGUCCACCUGGCCCUCCUCGUGUCCCGCCCCGGGGGCGGAGCGGGACUGACCAAGGCCGCUUCGCGAGUUCAAGGGCCCCGCCCAGGGGGGCGGGGCUUGGGGCUGCCGGAGGGGACAGUGCUUCCGUCUCUCCGCUCUCUCCACGCCAAUUCCCCUCUCCACUCCCUGCCAUUGGGGCGGCGGGUAGGUCUGGGCUGGCCUGUUGGCGUUGCGGGGACCCGGACCAUUUUGUGGACAGGUGUCCAGUGAUGGAGGUGGAGAUGAUGAUCCGGGUCCCGGACGACCCACAGGCUACCCCCGGUCAGGCUGGCGAGUACCAAAUUCCCUAAUUGGCGUGGAGAGGGUAUAAAACGCCAGGAGAGACGGAAGCAAGUGAGAGAGAGUCGGACUGCUGACGGGAACCGAAACCGGAAACCGGAAAGGAAAACGGAAAUAGCGCGUGAACGUGCCAGAAUAAAAGUCACCGUCUAGUGCUAGACUUUUGAGUUGUUUUGUUAUUAAAUAAAGAUACGUCAGCAGUC